AUGGCCACCCAGGUCCUCCAAACCUUCAGCGGGAGGGUGGAACAGCAUUCUGAGAUCCAGAUGUCUUCAUCCUCGUCCACCACCGUCACCGUGAGCACCACCAAAGUGCGCAAAGUCUCGCAGACCUCCAAGGCGGUUGAGGAGCAGUCUGAGCAGCGCAAGAUCUCAACCACUGUGGAGUCUUUCAGUCAGGUGCAGAAGUCUUUUGAGAUCCCUCCAGGAGAGUGCGUCCCGGAUUUCGAGGAGAAGCCCCGCCCCAUUUCGGCACAAGAGGGUGACAAGGCCUCGUUCAAGGUGAAGGUGACCGGGAACCCCAAGCCCACGGUGACCUGGAAGAGGGAGAGCGGAAGGGCGCUCACUGAAGGGGCCAAGACCUUCUACGACAGCAUCAACAAGCAGUACAUUCUGAAGAUCAAAACGCUCACCAUGGAAGAUGCUGAUGUCUACAAGUGCAUUGCCUCCAAUGCACACGGAGAUGCCAUCUACACCGUGUCACUCGUUGUGACAGAAAGUAUGCCCCCGUUGGAUUUCAAGAAGAAGCUGAAGAAACGGAGUGUCCCAGUAGCCAAGGAAGAGAGGAAGCCGAUCACUGAGGAGGAGAUGCUGAAGAUUCUGGCUGGAGCAGAUAAGAAGGACUAUGAGCGCAUUUGUGCAGAGUAUGGCUUCACCGACUUCAGAGGAAUUCUGAAGAAGCUCAAGGAGAUGAAAAAGAAAGUGGACGUAGAGAUGGUAAAGGUUCUAAAGCCUUUAGAAGAUGUCACGGCCAAAGCAGACACCAAUGUGAUUCUUGACACAAUUCUGGAGCUAAAAGACCCCAACACUAAGAUGAUGUGGUUUAAGGGAACGGAGCCACUGAGGAUCCAGUACUCUCUUGGGAAGUAUGAGCUGAAGCAGAUGGGCACCAAGUACAUGUUGUGCGUCUCCAGCGUGAGCUUGAAGGAUUCUGGCAGUUAUACGCUGAAGGUUGGAGACAAGGUGCUCUCAGCCAAGAUCAAUGUCAUAGAUGAGCCCCUGAAGUUGGUGUCAGACCUGAAGCCAAUGCGUGUGACGGAGCGCCAGACAGCUGUGUUUGAGGUACGCCUUUCCAAGAAGACCAGCGAGCCACCGAUCUGGAAGUUUGGUGGCAAAGAGGUGAAGAGAGAUGAAAAGUUUGACGUGUCAGUGUCUGAGGAUGGCCUUACCUACACGCUGAAGAUCAAGGAUGUGCGACCCAGCGAAACGGGCGAAUACACCCUGAGCCUGGGAGACCUGACGGCUAAGGCACCGCUCUUCAUUGACAGGAUUCCCAUCAAGUUUGUGAGCCACCUGAAGAAUGUGCGCGUAAAGGAAAAGGGCAAGGCGCGGCUGGAGUGCGAGAUGAGCUCCAAGGACAUCCACAUCAAGUGGCUGAAGGAUGGCAGGGACAUUACCAACAACCCCCGUUACACAUUCAUGCGCGAAGGCAAGCGGGCGGAGAUCAUCAUCGACGACUGUGACCUGGCUGACAGUGGAGAGUAUGCCAUUGUCUGUACGCAGGAUAGCGAUGCCCAGGAGUACGUCAGUUCUGCCAACCUCACAGUGGACGAGCGUUUUGCUACAGUGAAGAGUGGCAUGUCAGAUGUACAGUGUCCUACUGGUUCUACUGCUGAACUGUGUGUGGUCCUGAACGAUGAGAAGGUGGAUGGUGUGUGGCUGAAAGAUGGAAAAGAGGUGUCAGAUAUGAGUGGGAUCCAGGUGGUAAAACAGGGAGCAGUCCACAAGCUGAUCUUCAGCAGGGUGGGUGAUGAUCAGGAGGGCAAGUACACCUUCAGGGCUAAGGGAGCCGAAAGUGAAGCGACACUGUCCAUUGCAGACCCUCCAACUAUUGACCCUACCAUGCUGGAGGUUCUGGCCAUCCACCCAGUGACAGUGAAGGCUGGGCAGACUGCCACCAUCAAAAUCCCCUUCAAGGGCAAGCCCACACCCAAGGUGACUUGGUACAAGGAUGGCAUUGAGAUGACAGAAGAUGAUCGCACCAGUGUGGAACGGGAGGUGGACUCCACCACGCUGGUACUUACAAAGUGUGUGCGUGAAGAUAGUGGUGCUGUUAUGCUGCGGCUUAAAAGUGAUUGCGGCACUGCCAUUGCCAACCUUCAUCUCAAUGUCGUGGAUCACCCCAAGCCUCCCCAGGGCAAGGUAGAAUUCCUGGAACGUACAGGCAAGUGCAUCAAAAUGAAGUGGAAGGCACCACGUGACAAUGGAGGCAAGCAGGUGACCAGCUUUGUCAUUGAGAGGCGCAUGGUGGGCAAGAAGUCCUGGAUCAAAGUGGGGGAGGUGGACAGUGCCACCACCUGCUUCAGCAACGACAAGGUGGAGGAGGGCAAGGCCUACCAGUACCGCAUCCGAGCCGUCAAUUCCCAGGGCAUGAGCGACCCUUUGGAGACUGAGGAAGUGUAUGCCGGGGAGCCUAUUGAACCCCCAGGUAUGCCCUCUCAGCCCCAGAUUGCAGAUGUGACAAAGGAAGCCGUCACAGUGACCUGGACCCCACCAGCUCAAGAUGGUGGAGCAGCUGUGCUGGGCUACAUUAUUGAAAGAAGGAAGAAGGGCAGCAGCAUGUGGGUCCCGGUCAACAAGGAGCUUGUCCAAGACACCAAGUACACUGUCGAUGGGCUGGUGGAGGACAUGGAGUAUGAAUUCAGAGUUACCAGUGUGAACCGAGCUGGACCAGGGAGCCCCAGCACAGUCUCCAACUCUGUCAUUGCCAAAGACCCAAUCCGUGCCCCGGGCUUGGUGAAGGACCUGCAUGUGACCGACUCUUCCAACUCCUCCAUCUCACUGGGCUGGAGCCCUCCAGAACAUGGUGAUGAACCAUCCGGCUACAUCCUGGAGGUCCGCCCCGAUGAUGCGAAGGAGUGGACCAAAUGCACCAAGAUUCCCAUCACCGGCACCAGCUACACAGUGGGAGGACUACAGGAGCGCAUGAAGUACUUCUUCCGCAUCCGUGCCGUCAAUGAAGGGGGCGUGGGCGAGCCUAUUGAGCUGGAUCAGGGGGUGUUGGCUAUGCCACCCCCAGCGGCUCCUAGAUUUGACAUACAGGCCAAACUGAACAACCAGAUGGUGGUGCGGGCGGGAACAGCUCUGUGCAUCCACGUCACCUUUACUGGCUCCCCUCCCCCAACUGUUACCUGGAUGAAGGACGGCAUCCCCACAAAGGGACGGGAGACCAUCACCAAGGGCAAAAAACACUCGCAGUUCCUCAUCAGCUCGUCCCAGCGUUCCGACUCUGGCAUUUACCGCAUCAAUCUCCGUAACGAUUAUGGGGAGGUCCACUACGACGUCAACGUCCGUGUCACAGACUUCCCACGGCCCCCCAGGAACCUGCAGCUGGUGGAGGAAGUGCCCGGCACAGUGACCCUCCACUGGGAACACACUCCCGACUUGGCAGACGAUGAGCAGACGCACUACAUCAUCCUGAAGAGGGACGCGAGCACAGCCACCUGGUUCACUGCUGCGGAGCGUGUCUUCAGUAGCAAGUAUACUGUAACCGGGCUGCUACCUGGGCGCAAAUACUACUUCCGGGUCAUUGCCCGCAACCACAUUGGGGACAGUGACCCCCUGGACUCCAAGGACCCCUUCACCAUUGCUAAAGAGAAAGAGCACUUUAACCUACGCAUGAAGGAGUACAGGGCUAAGGACCACUCGGUCAAACCCGAGUUCCUGGUGCCCCUGAAGGACCAUGCCGUGCGCCGCGGACACGACUGCACCAUGAGCUGCGCCUUCCUGGCCCGCCCACCGCCCCAGGUGUCCUGGUACAAGGAUGAUGUGAAGAUCUUGGAGAACCCGCGGUACUGGCAGAGCAGUGCGGAUGGCGUGUGCACCCUUACCAUCCCAACCUGCUGCGCUAAAGAUAGCGGAGAGUACAUGCUUUUGGUGGAGAACCCCCUGGGCGAAGCCAAGUGCAAGUGCGCUCUGGUCAUCUUCGAUAAGGAUGACAAGAGUCUUCUGGAAAGCCUGACGGCGCAUUCCGGAAAAGGAAAGAGCAUCAUGUGAAUGCCAUCGGGUUCCAAGAGAGGACGCCACGUUUCACCUGCAGCCACCUUCAACUUAAGAGAAAAAAAAACUUUGUCUUAAAUGCUAA